AUGGAUAACCGUGGCAAUGCCAUCUUUUUCUUUAUGUUUGAUGAUGAUUCAAAUGAUGAGGAACAUCAUCAGAGAGUGAUACAAGCCAUUGUCCACCAUAGUUCACUGGAGAAUGAAGCCACCAAAUAUGGUGGGUCGGUAGUCGGUCAUGAGUACAAGAACCGUAAGAGGGAAAAUCGCCAUCGCAAUCUCAUGUCCAACUACUUCAUUGAAAGGCCACAUUUUAAUAGUACAGACUUUCGUAGGCAGUUCCGAAUGCGGAAAGAGUUGUUUUACUGCAUCUUGAAUGAUGUUGUCAACCACGAGCCAUACUUUCGCUAUAAAAAAGACGGGCUUGGCCGACAAGGGCUAUCCCCUGAACAAAAGUUAACCGCUGUCUUUCGUAUGCUCGCAUGGGGAUGCUCAGUUGACGCAACCAACGAGUACUGUAAAUUGAGUGAAAGCAUAGCUCUUGAAUCACUCUGUAAGUUUUGUUGCGCUGUUGAAGCCAUGUACGGACAAAGGUACCUCAGGUCUCCAAAUCUAGCUGACCUUUACAUGCUAUUGCACAUGGCAAGUCGUUGA